CCAGCAAAAACUGCCGCGGAAAAAGCCUCAAGUAUGGGAAUAGGAUUGUUUAUGCUUCUAAUAUUACCAGUAUAUGGAAAUGUUAUUAAAGGAAGUGGUUCGUUUUUAAUCAAUGGCAUUUUCCCCAUCAGUAAUGGCAAAAAUUUAAACAUGCAGUCAGGAUUUAUGAUGUAUCAGGCUAUGAAAUAUGCUGUAAAUAUGGUGAACAAUAACUCAGAUUUUUUACAUGGUUACAAACUUAAAGUCAAUGAAGUAUUUGAUGUAAACGAUUAUACUGAGGUACAGAGUAAAGUUUUAGCAACUUUUAUGAACAAAGUUCCAUUCCUAAUUGGUCCAUAUUCUGGAGAAUCAUCAUUUUUAGCUAGUAUACUAACAAGUACAUUUAGUCAAAUUGCAAUUAGUUACAGUGCAAGCUACAGUGAAUUUGAUAUAUUGGAUCAUAAAGAACAAAAGAUGUUCAGGACAGUUCCUUCAAGUAAAUUUAGAAUUCAGAUUGCGUUGGAUUUGAUAAAAAAGUUAAAGUGGAAUUAUGUUAUUGUAAUUAGUUCGAAUGCUCAUGAUGGUGAGGAUGAUUCACGCCCUUUUAUAGCUAAAUUACCUUCUAUUGGCACUUGUAUUGACAUUCAGAUUAAACUACCAGUAAGUCCUUCUAAAACAGAUUAUGAGGCAGCCAUCAAAAAACUUUCUAGUGAUGGCCUGGAAAAAAAGUGGACAGCACGGUUAAAGGGUCUUAUUUUGUUUACCAGCAAAAAAGAUACAGCAGAAUUAUUUUCCAUUAUAAAAGCUCAAGGGAUAUAUAAUCAAUUUGUAAUGUUUUGUUUUUAUGGUUGCACAAAUUAUGUUGAGAUUACUAAAGGAAAUGAAGACGUUAUUAAUGGAACUUUAAGCUUAGAUAUCGCUAACGAGAAAAUUCCAGGUUUUGAAGAACAUUAUUUAAAUUUAAGACCAAGUAAAGAUUCUGAUUAUGUGCUUAAUAUAGUUUGGGAAACAUAUUUCAAAUGCUCUCUAUUUAACUCCACUUCAUCAACAAAUGCACCGUGUACAGGAAAUGAACAGUUUUCUGAAAAUGUGGGUUAUUACUCUCAAACUCCAGUACACACUGUUGCUUAUGCUAUUUAUGCUAUUGCAGAUGCCCUUGAACAUAUCAUCAGUCGUGUGUGUCAUCGAAACAGCACCUGGAUGAAAAAUAAAACACAAUGUGUAAUACAAACAACUGAACGUAAAUAUAAUCAUAAUCUUCACACCUUGCUGAACAAAAUGUCGUAUUUAGAUGGUGCAUUAGAUGAUUUUAGAACGCCUUUUCUAAGAAUUAACAGAACUAUAAAAUACGAGAUUCAUCAAUUUUUGUUUAAUGAUGGAAAAUAUCAAAAUCUCCUUCGAGCAACUUGGGAGCUAAAUAGGCCAAACUUAAAAACACAUCCCGAGGACGCGCUUAAAGCUGGUCGUGCUAAGUUUACUUUUAUUCCCGAUUCAAUUGAUCACCAUUUUGUUCCUGUUAUAGUGUGCAGUGAUCCGUGUCCUGUAGGCUACAUAAAAAUAAAAGAUUUUAAUUCUUUAAAAUCUAAGUGUUGUUGGGACUGUCAGAAAUGUCAGCCUGAUAGUAUUUCUGUUAAUGAUUCUUGUAUUCCGUGCAAUAGAAACGAGAAGGUAGAGUCUAAUCAAUGCGUGGUUUUGCCAGAAGUUGUUAUUUCUCUAACUGGACCAGAUUUUGAUAAAUUUAUGGUUAUCUGUAUAAUACUAAUUGCUAUCGGUCUAGGUUUAGUUUUUUUUGUUAUUGGUUUGUUUAUAUACUUUAACGGAAAUCGCAUCGUCAGAUGUUCUGGACGGGAUUUGUGUUACAUGAUUUUAAUUGGCUUGGCUAUGCUAUUUUUUUGUCCAGUUACGUAUAUGGUUCGUCCUUCAACGAUGACAUGUAUAUUUAGAGGUGCUUUACCUGGAACAGCAUUUCUUAUGUGUUAUGCUCCAUUGUUUCUACGUGCUAGUCGAAUAUAUAGAAUAUUUAUCCAUGCUAAAACUUCUGUAUCUCGGCCUGCUUUAAUAAGUCCACAAUCACAAGUUUUUGUUGUGCUCGGUAUUGUUUGCGUUCAAAUUCUACUAGCUAGCGUUUGGUUUGCAUCAAAAAACCCUGCCCCUGAUUAUAUUGUCUCUCCUGAAAGAGAUUUUAUGAUUGUUCAAUGCACUGGGGAUGCUAGUGCAGUUGCAAUGUUGAUAAAUCUAACCUUAAGUGUUGUCUUCAUGGUUUGUUGUACAAUUUUAGCAUUUAAAACACGAAAUUUUCCGAAAAAUUACAAUGAAGCGAAGUUUAUCGGCGUUACUUUGUAUAUCACUUGUGUAAUCUGGUCCAUUUUUCUACCGACCUACUAUCUUAAUCCAGAAAAAUAUCUAAUGUUCAGAGAAAAAAUUGUCAGUGGUCUGUGUAUUCUUAUAGGUUAUGUUACCCUGAUUGGUUUAUUUGGACGAAAGCUUAGGUUGCUCUUGUGUCCAAGGCCCUCGGACGAAGAUGUAAAUAACCAGCAAAUGUGGUCAUUUAGUCAUUCUAAUGAAUCUCACCAUUUAGAAAUCAAAUAAUCACGUUUUAAACUAUAUAGGAUUGUAAUUCUUAUGAAGGUUAUUCUUUUCAGUUUAUUUGUAAAAAAGAAAACGCUGUUCACCUUUUUUCA